AUGGAGGGAGGCAGUAGAGUUGUACGACCACCGAAGUUUCGUCGUCCCCCAGGAUGGCCUGAAAAGAAGCGACUUUGUGUAGAGGACCUUGUUCAAGAAGCAUACAGGAACACUGAGCAGCUCAACCUCUUGCUCUCCAAAUUGGUUGAGGUCAAUUCUCAAGGUGAUGCUGGUACACCACUCAUUUGGGCUGCUGGUCAUGGACAACCAGAUGCCGUGAAAAUCUUACUAGAACACUAUGCUAAUCCCAAUGCGGAAACUGAUGAUGGUAUUACUUCUCUUCUGUGCGCUGUAGCAGCUGGAGCUUUACCAUGUUGGAAGCUGUUAGUUAAGGCUACACUCAAGGUAAAGAAGAAAUCUCAAGCUCAAGAGGCAAAAAAGCUUUCGAGAGAGACGAUAUUCAUGGCAGUAGAUGCUUAUAAACAGGCUAUCAACCCAAGUGAUGCUUCCCUAUUCUCUAACAGAAGCCUUUUUUAUAUUCGAUUCGGACAACUGGAACAUGCCUUAACAGAUGCCAAGGCUUGCAAAGAGCUAAGUCCAGACUGGCAUAAAGCUCGUUACAGGGAAGAUGCAGCAUCCCAUCUGUUGCAGAGGUUUGAGGAAGCGGAAAACGCUUUCUACGUAGGUGUUCAACUAGAUCCUGACAGCAAGGAGCUUCCAAUUGCUUUCAGGGAAGCUGUUGAUGCUGGGAGGAAAUUUCACGUUGUCAACCACCAGAAGUCUUAG